AUGUAUGUUAGCUGCUGUGAUCCCUACCAGCCCCUUCAGAGCGAAAGCAGCCGGCAGCUGCAAGGAGGUAUAACAUCGGGCAGCAGCGGUCGCUUGAAGCGCACGCGCACAGAUGCUGAUAUUGUGCAGUUUACCACUGCGAUCUACUAUGUCGAGGAGGAUGAAGGGCGUCUGACAGUUGACAUUAUGCGACUGGGAUCCAUGAAAGGUGCCAUCAAGGUUCGUUUUGCAACAGAAGAUGGCUCUGCAAAAGCUGGGCUAUCAUACGAGGAGACGUUUGGGGAGGUCCUCUUCGAAGAUCAAGAGUACCGGAAGUCUAUUGACAUCAACACGAUUGCGAGCGCGUACUGGACAGCGACCAUGGAGUUUAAGGUGCGCCUACUUGACCCCGAAGGCUGCAAUCUGGGAAAUCACCUGCACACCUGCCGUGUCAAGAUCAUUGAUACAGGGACCUUUCCUUCAGUCAAGUACGAGGACCAGCUCCGGCUGGGUCAUGAUGGACUGGACCAGAUCAGUCCGUCAGGCCUAUUCUGGGAGUACUGGAAGCUCUGCUUCUACCAGGUCCCGGGUAUUGCUGUUCGGACAGUCUUCAUGCUGAUCUUCGAUCAGCUGAAGAAUGUCUACCGCUACUUCAUCCUGUGCCUCAACAUCUACCUGGUUGACGUUCUGUUCAACAUGGAAGCGUCAGAAGAUCGUCUUUGGAUGUCCACACGGCUCCGUACGGCCUAUGCGGUCGCCAUCUCUUAUGUGGCUCCUAUGUUGGUGCUGCAUGCCUGGGAUCUCAUCAAGGCAAACAUGGACGUGCAAGGACACCUGCGCCUGUAUCUGCAAGCCAGCCUUUUUCGGCGAUACCUGAACUACAGUGAAGAAUCCCGGGUAUCAGUGCCUCCUGCAGACAUGCAGCAUGCACUGAGCCUGGGAUCAAAAAGUGCAGCAGAAGGAUACACGAAGGUCAUGGAUCUUUUCCAAAAAUUCGGACAGCUGGCAGUGUUCACCUACUUUACGCUGCGUGAGAAUCCAGACGCCAUCUACCUGAUACUGGCAAUGCCCUCUCUCAUGGCGAUAUUCCUCGCGUUCAAGGCGUGUAUGCCGUUGGAUCGGGAGGGCCGCAAGGACAUUGAGGCAUCUGUUCUAUCCCUGGCUGCGGAAGUUUGCCAGCGCUAUCGCCUCAUUGCCGACUAUUUCCAGCGGCCCCAGAUGAACGAAAUCUUCGCCCGGCAGACAAAUGAGCUUCGCCGUGAAUAUAUCCCGGAGAACAUCGAAGGUGUGAAUAACGAGUAUUUUCCCAAAUGGCUGGGGCCUGUGUUUGUAGCCGCUUACAUUGCCUUGGAUGCCCAGAACGUCUUUGAUGCCACGAUCUCACUGGGAACCUUCCUGGCCACCAUCUCCGUGAUGAAGGACAUCAGUUCGGAGUUCGCCGAUGCGUAUACCUUGAUCCUCGACUUGGCGGGCACCUUCGGGUCCAUUCAGUACUUAACAACUUACUUCAACAAGGAGACGGACCUUCUGACCUGGAAGGGUGUCAACCGGACGCGCCGAGAGCUGACGAGGCAGGCACGAGACAAGGCCUUCGCCAAGGCAGAAACACCUGCAGAUGGCAUCGAAGACAGGUCCGCGGUCUUGUACAAGACGGACCUCAUUCCGAUUCAGCUCUCCAACAUGUGCUACGGAUGGAUCCGGCAUGAGCCAAUCUUUGAGAAUGUCAACGUGUCCGUGGACCAGGGCAAGCUGGUGGCUGUCAUGGGAUCGCACGGGUCUGGGAAGGCGACUCUCCUCAAACUGCUUGGACACAUGGUCUUUCCGACGGAUGGAGCCAUCUUCAUUCCCUCACACCUGAGGAUCUUGCACGUGACCCAGGAGGCUUUCAUUCUCAAUCUUUCCGCAUGGCAGAACCUGAUCUUUGGUUGCCCAAACCCGCACACCGUUGAUCCACGUCGGGUUCGAAGAAUCUGCGAGCGACUGAAGAUGAAGGUCACACUUGAGUUGAUCAAAGACGACUUGGAAAAGCAGGAGAAACUGAGGGGGUCCCCCUCAAAUGCGGAUGAGGAAGACUCGGAGGAGGAGGAAGAGGGAGAGAAGGAUUUCAGGGGCGCUGGCAGCGCAUGGCAGGAGAGCCUCACGUAUUCGGAGAAAGUCAAACUCCACCUGGCGAGAGCUCUGAUCAUGAACCCGGAAGUUCUGGUCUUGCAGCGACCGCUGCAUCACUACGACAAGAAGACGGGCGAGCUGGUCCUUGACCUUCUCAAAGAGAACGUGCAGUCAAGGGGCCUGGAGCUGCCAGAGAAGAACCGGGUGCACCGCCGACCGCGCACCUGUUUCUUCACGGUGGAAGCCGAAACCGACGCGCACAGAGCGGAUGUUGUGUGGUACAUUGACCGCUCAACGGUGAGGAACUACGAUGAUCCUGGCACUGUCACAUCUGAGUUCUUCAAAGCCAAGACCCUGGGCUCCUUUCACAUGAACGACUGA